AUGGCAACUAAUACAAAUGGAAUAGUGACAUGUUGCCAAGAUUUUGGAGUAUAUUGCAUUACGUAAUUAUAUAUAAAAUAUCAUAAAGCUUGUGUGUUUCUGAAGUUAUAGCAUUGGGUGUCUUAGCUGUUGGAAUAUGUUAAUUGAUAAGAAGAAAGAAAUAAUUUAGAUAGGCUAAAAAAAGAAAAAAUAUUAUCUACAUUUUAAUUAUCUUGUGCUUAAUUUGUAAAAUACAAUAUAAAAAUAGGUAAUAUUUUGUUUAAUGUGGCAUAAAAAACAUUAUUGGUUUUUUACUUUUUUUAGUUAUAUGUCUAUUAUGCAUUUUUGACCUAUAUUGUAUUUUAUUUUGCUAGGAAAACUGUGAAGAUUAAAACUUUUCAGCCUCAUAAAAUGUUGUAAUUGAAAAUCUAUUGCAUUUGCUUGAUUUCAUUAUUCACAAUAUUUUUGAUAUGGAAUUUGUAUGAUUAUGUCUCCAAUUUAUCUAAAUCAUAUUGGCUUUGUCAAAGUAUAUGUAAUCAAAUAAAUUUGAGAAUAGAUAUUUCAUAUUAUAAGAAUGAUUGGUUUUAUAGUGGAUUUAGUUUUAAUAGCUGUUGCUCAUUCUUUAAAUAUGAGUAUUAAAAAGAGUCUAGCAUUAAAAUCAACAAUGUUAAGUCAUUUUGUCAAUUUUGAAGAAAAUAGUAGAAAAAUUAAUAGAUAAAGAAUAAACUUUUGGUAUGAUUAUGUGUUAUAAGGGUCCUUGUUUGUGUGACAUUUUUGGGUUAAUUGUUAUACUUCAUUGAGGAUAUUUACUUUUUAGCUCAAGGGCCUACUGAAACUUGUACUAUUUAUUUAGAUGUAUUAAUAACAUUCUACUUAGAUUAUUUAAAGCGAAGCAUAAAUAUUUCAAUAUUGUUUGCUAUUAUUAAUUGUAUUAAUUUAAGUUUAACUCCCAUUUUCUAUUACAAUAUACGUUUUUUGGUUUUAGGAACCAUAAACAAAACAAGAUUCAAAAGUAUUCUAUAAUAUAUUUUAGUCAAUUGAAUUUGAAGAAGAUUACUUUAAAACAAUUAAAUUAUAAGUAAAAACAGAUUCAAAUUCAUCAGAAUAGAUAACAACAUUAAAAGAAUGA